AUGCGCUCUUCAGUAACCGCAAGAUUGCGUUCCGCCUCCCUUGCCGUGGGUCCUUUCAAGCCCUCUCAUAUCACUAACUCGCCUGACCUGCCCCGGACCAAAAUCGGCCCAGCCGCAGAACACCUCCACACACAGCUCCUUGAACUGUACUGGGAAGGAGUCGAGCGGGAUGUAGAGCUCAUUAUGCGCACUCUGUCCGAAUGGCGCUCCGAAGACAUCCCGCGAAUGGAGGAGGAGGAGGAUGGCAUGGUCAUCUAUGGCUACGAGACAUUUCUGGAUCAAGUGUGUGAAAGUCGGCGUAGCAAGUCCUGGGAGAAUGGGGUGUCCUCGCCCACGGCAUACACCGAUUCCUUACGAAACCGGGCGUGGGAGAUCCUUGCAGACGCCGAGAGCGAACAGCGACGAACUGCCGCCAGGAAGCUGAUUGAGUAUGAGAGUAGGAAGGACACCCUCAAACAUCGCGCGCGCAUGCUUCUCCAGGCUGCCCAAUGGCUGGACUUUGACAAGGUCGUCGAGCACCGAGAGCCACUUCACAGUGACCUCAGACUGGCCCCGGCCCAGCUGAAGUUGACCAUGGAUCCGGACACCUCAACGUUGAAGCACCACAAUGUAACCUGUGGCCAGUGCCACACAGCCAUCAGAGGCUCUAUGUUCAUCAAGAUUUUCGACCCUAGCUAUGUUUUGUGUCAGAACUGUUAUUUCACCCCACCAAAUUACGGCAGCCAGGACUAUUGCAAGAAGCUGAAAACAUGCCCUCUAGACGAGGACAUCACCGCAGAGAUCAGCCAAAAGCUUUGUACCUGCCGUCGAGGUGCACAAGCUCAAGUCGAAGGGGACGGGAGCAAGUUGUUUCCUAUGGAUAGUGACCUAGGCCCGCGACACAUUCAAUGUGGACUGACAAAUUUGGACAAAUUUCUGGCCGAGGCAAAGUUUGACUCGACGCGGCUGAAGCAGGAUAAGAACAAGUCGUUGCUGGAGAUUUCGGUAGAGAUGCUCUACGAUACUAACAAGGCUUCAGCCAAAGGGUUCAGAACAUCUGGAAACCUAAGCCAGUGGGAGUAUUACAUGCCAGAAUUUGGGUCAGAUGAGAUUCACAAGCAAGGUGGAGGAACACCUCCCUAUUUUCGCCCAGCACAACCUCAGCAUCCCUUUGGACAUGUCCAUAUGGCUGUGAGGUUUGGAACUCUUGUCUUUGAAAACGGAGUCGCCAACACCAAUGGUGGCGUUGUCAUCACUCCUCGAAACCAAAUUAACCUUCUUCCGCCAGUUAAAGUCUCAGCCACAGGUGAAAGUGAGCGGAGCCUUCUUCUAACUGGAAACGACAAGAGGGUCCUCUAUAGUCAGAAUAGGCCCCGAAUCCUAAAGCGAUACAAGCUCGUCGCGAAACAAGUGGUUGGGGGGACAUUUUGUGGAUAUUUGGAUAAGGAAGCAGAAGACCGUAUUCUAUCCCUUCUAUUAGAAGGUAGCGAAGUCAAAGGAGAAUCUCAGAAGGAAUAUAUGGGCCUACUGAUGGCCGCCUUGAAGGAAUACCUCUUCGAUUAUGUUGAUCUUCACCUGAGAGCAAUGGCUGGCAGGCUCACGGACCCAAAGUUGAACCUGGCUUGGAAUUUUGCGUCCAACAACUGCAAGGACUUUUGCGAAAAUCUCCUUGAUUGUGAUCAUAUCCAAUCACUCUUUGCCUCAACCAUAUCCAAGACAUCGACCAAACCAGCUUAUCUCGUGAGCUUUGUGACCAAAUCAAGGGGUCCUCUGGUUGUGGCUCCAUGGUCCAAACACGACUCACCAAAUGGCUUCGUGGAGGAAUACCUCCUCCGCAUACAACAUGGACGUCACGAAGACUCUGACCUGAUUGACAGUCUCUCAGAAUAUUGGUCAGACUUCGGGGCCUUCGAAAAGCCACUUUACCCUAAUCAAAAUCUAUUCCCAUGGGACUGCACCGAGGCCUACGGCGAACAUCACAUCAAAUGCGGGUCAUGUAACAUAUCGAAGCAUGUGUGGGCGUCCCCCUUUGAUGCCUGGUCUAUUAUAUCCAUGCACCUUCAGCGCGAUGGUUUUCUCUACGCACAACAUCACCCGGACAUCACCUUUGCGAAAAGCCAAAUGCGCCGAACAGAAUGGUUUCGAAACAGACUCGACCUCCUUCUAGCACAUGACAGUCUCCUCACAGCAGCCACUGCCAUGGCCCGCAGCCCUGAAAUCCGGAAAGCAACUCAAUGGUUAAGCGGGUCAGACGUUGCUCCGGGGGUCCAACGAGCGAAGUUAGGUAGCAUCCACCGAGCGCAGCCGCACAGCCAUCACUUUGACCGCUCCAAGCUCGGGCAAGGUGGAGGGAUCGGGGCACUCUUUGUGGCAGAUUGGGUCAAAGGGACACAUCAGUCUAGAAGGCACAAGUAUGAACAAAGACGAGACGAGCAGAUGAAUCGUAAGGAGACACGAUAUGAACAGUCGUAUGGGACUGCAUCUAAAAGCCAUUCCAGCGGUCGCUACUUCUCAGAGAUGCCGUACGGAAAGGCAGACGCUUGGGACUGGUCAAGGACCUCGGGUAACAUGUGGUACAUGCAGGAAUAUGCAGGAGGAUACGGGGGAGGAUACGGGGGAGGUUCAAGUGGCGAUGGGGGUGACUAUAGGGGA